ACGGCUCUCGUCGCUCUCCUCCCCCACCCACCAGCGCGCAACCAAACCAGAGCGAGCGAACGACUUGCCUCUCCCCUGCUCCCUCCCCGUGCCGACCCCGCUCGCUCCCACCCCAGCCAUGGCAAUGGACGACGUCGCCUUCGCCGCGGGCUCCUCCUCGUCCGCCAUGGACGCGCUCGCCGCCUCCUCCUCCGCCGCCGCGCCCGCCGACCCCUCGCACGGCUGGCAGAAGGUGACCUACGCCAAGCGCAGCAGCCGCAAGCCCGCGGCCGUGGCCCCGGCCGCGCCCGAUCUGGGCGGCAAGCCCGGCGGCGUCUUCGAGGGCCUCGACAAGCGCUCGCAGGAGCGCCACCGCGCGAUCCAGGCCGCCCGGGACGCCGCGGCCGGCUACGACUCGGACGACGCCAACGCCAACGCCCGCGUCCCCUGGGGCUCCCGCUCCUCCGACGAGGGCUCCGACUCGGACGGCGCGGCGGCCAAGGACCGCCCCCAGGCCGAGGCGCCCAAGAAGCCCAAGAAGCCCAAGGUGAAGAAGCCCAAGGUCACGGUCGCCGACGCCGCCGCGCUCAUCGACGCCGAGAGCCUCGCCGCGCACCUCGUCGACAUCUCGGCCUCGUAUGAGAACCAGGAGGGCAUCCAGCUCAUGCGCUUCGCCGACUACUUCGGCCGGGCGUUUGCCAACGUGAGCGCGGCCCAGUUCCCCUGGGCGAAGAUGUUCAAGGAGUCACCCAUGCCCAAGAUGGUUGAUGUACCGUUGUCCCAUGUUCCUGAGCCAGUUUGCAAGACUGCAAGUGAUUGGAUCAGCCAGAGAUCUCCUGAUGCAUUGGGAGAAUUUGUUUUGUGGUGUAUAGAUAGCAUCAUGUCGGAAUUGUCAGGUCCAACUGUUGGACCUAAGGGCGCGAAGAAGGUUGUUCAACAAACUCCAAAAGCCCAGGUUGCAAUAUUUGUUGUGCUUGCCUUGACUUUAAGAAGGAAGCCAGAUGUACUAAUAAACCUCUCCCCAAAAAUAGUGGGGAACAGUAAAUAUCUUGGACAGGAAAAGCUUCCCAUCAUCGCCUGGGUUAUUAAUCAGGCAUCUCAAGGCGACCUAGUCUCGGGAAUGUUUUCCUGGUCUCAUUCCCUAUUUCCCACAGUUUGUGCAAAGUCAAGUGGGAAUCCUCAAUCAAGAGAUCUCGUUCUGCAAUUGCUCGAGAGAUUUUUGACUACCCCCAAUGCUUCCAAAGCUCGGGCUAUGCUACUGAAUGGUGCAGUUAGGAAGGGGGAGCGCCUGGUUCCUGCUGGAACACUUGAUCUCUUUAUGAGAUGCACAUUUCCCGUGCCUAAUGCACGUGUCAAGGCUACAGAAAGGUUUGAAGCAGCCUACCCAAUAAUAAAGGAGCUGGCUCUUGUUGGUACUCCUGGCUCCAAAGCUGUGAAGCAAGCAUCGCAGCAGCUUCUGCCAUUGGCUGUGAAGGCCAUGCAAGAAAAUAAUGCAGAGCUCGCCAAGGAGGCCACUGAUGUGUUCAUUUGGUGCCUGACUCAGAGUCCAGAGUCCUACAAGCUGUGGGACAAGCUUCAUGCAGAGAAUAUCCAAGCCAGUGUUGCGGUCUUGCGCAAAAUCACUGCUGACUGGAAGACGCUCUCUCCCAAGCUCAACUCUGAAGCUCUUAAAGCAACUCUGAGGAGCCUCAAGGCUAAGAAUGAGGCUGCUCUGGAGGAAGCAGAGGACUCUGGGGAGAAGGCGUCCAUCAAGGAGGCCGACAAGUACUGCAAGGCCAUCAUCGGGAGGCUGUCGCGCGGCGCAACCUGCCUGAAGGGCAGCCUGCUGGUGAUCGCGCUCGCGGCCGGGGCCGGCUUCAUGCUCUCCCCCAACCUGGACCUCACCGCCGACCUUGAGAAGCUCCAGGCGAUGGCGUUGGAGCUCCAGGCCAUGGCGUCGGAGUACCUGCGGUCCUUCUGAACAUACCGUUUAUACUGAGAGUGGAGAGGGGAGAUGGGAGAGAAAUAAAGAGGGGAGAGGAUAGGUCCUAGACAAAGAGAUAUACUUAGUUGGUCUGAGUUGGUUACCGUUUUUAGCAUCUUUCUCCCAAGACAGUUCUCCUGGGAGGAGGUGGCAGCGACAGUUGUUUUUAAGUUAUGUUAAUUAAUCCGUAGACUGAUGAGGAUGAGAAGGUUUGGGUCAAAUGGCCCGACCUGUGGACUGAUUAGAAAUCCUACCUGUCAUGCCAUGUUGGUCUGAGACAGUUUUGGUUUUAAAUCAAAAGUGUUGUUGAAACUUA